AUGGAGAGAUACCUGCUACCAGCUCUCUUUAGUGUCUGGAUAAAUCUGAUCUAUGGAAUCAGCAUUCAGCCGAUUCCUGAAUAUCCAGUGGUCAAUCAGCCUCUCACCCUCAGUGUCAGUGGGGUCAGCGGGGCAAUUCGCUCUUUUUCCUGGUAUAAAAGUUCAUCCAUUGCGAAUUCCUCCCUAAUCUUAACGUAUAAUUCAUCUUCUAACCCUGUGGAGACACAUGGGCCACAGUACUUCUCUCGGGCCAGCGGCCUCUCAGAUGGAUCAUUAAGGAUCUCAACCCUUUAUACUUCAGACCAGACAAGUUACACUGUGCAGGUUGAGGCAGGCAGUUUAACAAAAGACUCGAUUUACCUGCGUGUUUAUGUUCCAGUGACUAAACCAGGGAUCACUGCCAGCCUGUGUCCUGAGGAAAAUGAAUACAACCUUACAUGUACAGCAGCCAAUACAGAGAGGAUCUUAUGGAACAGAAUUGAUGGGCGCUUUCCUACUGGAGUCACAUUUAGCAGCAAUAAUAGAACUAUGACUAUUUCAAAGUUUAUACAAUCAGAUGCUGGGCAGUAUCAGUGUGAAGUGGAAAAUACAAUCAGCAAGAACAUUAGUGAGCCCUACACGCUGUUGCAAUACUGUGUCUGUGUGGAUCCUCCAGCUGAUAACAAACUAGGCAUUUUGGCUGGAAUCAUUUGUGGCACAAUUGCGGGAACUGCAUUGAUCGCCUGUGCAACAUUUCUACUGUACAAAAGAAUUUUACCUUCAGUGAAACAGGAAAAUACAGGACAAUUUAAUAACAAACAAGAUUCAUCUGCAACAUACGACAGUGUUAUUGUUGGAGGAACAGGGCAAAACAUUUCGGUGGAAUCUCCAUACACGGGGCUGCAGCAUGGGCCGGAUCACACCUACUGUGACCUUAAAGUGUGGUGGAAGAGAAAUGAAAAGCCUUAAUUUCUUCACAACUUCAGUACCCAUUUCAAUGUAGCACCAAUUUAUCUUUCAAAUAAGCAUUUUUUUUAAACACAGUAUUCCUUCUGUACAACAUUUUACCUUAAAUUAAUUUGCAGUUGACUAUAAUGAAAUGUAUGUUGUUAGUAAAGUAUAUUUUCCCAUA